AUGGCAGGUUAUGACCGCGCUGUGACAAUUUUUUCACCCGACGGUCACCUAUUGCAAGUGGAAUUCGCUAAGGAAGCUGUUCAUAAAGGGGCAGCAGCAUUGGGCAUUCGAGGUCAAAAUUGUAUCAUACUAGCCGUUGAGAAGCGUUCGAUAUCCUCGCUACAAGAGGAACGUACUAUUCGCAAAAUUUGUGCCUUAGACGAUCACAUUGUCAUGACUUUUGCUGGCGUCACCGCAGACGGACGAGUGUUAGUCAAUCGCGCUCAAGUCGAAUGCCAAAGUUAUAGAUUAAAUGUCGAGGAUCCCGUUACUUUGGAAUAUAUUUCACGAUACAUUGCUCAGUUGAAACAAAAGUAUACCCAAAGCAAUGGACGCCGUCCGUUUGGUCUGUCUUGCUUAAUCGGUGGUUUCGAUUAUGAUGGCGGCGCGCACUUGUAUCAAACUGAACCCUCUGGCAUUUACCAUGAAUGGAAAGCAAACGCUAUCGGACAAUCGUCUACUAUGAUACGCGAAUUCUUAGAACAGAACUAUACAGAUGAAGUGGCCGGAAGUGUGGCGGGUCUUAUUACCUUGGCGAUUAAAGCGUUACUUUUGGUCAUCCAAAGUGGACCGAAAAAUUUGGAAAUCGCUAUUUUGGAAAGGGGCAAGCCGUUGAGAAUGCUUGAUGCUCAAACGAUCGCCCAAUACGUGGCCGACAUCGAGAAAGGAAAACAAGAAGCCGAGAAGAAAAAGCAGAGAAAGUAACAUAAAACC